CUCUUCCUCACCCCUUCAAGGGUCUCCCCCGCGACUACGGCGGCGCUGCGUAGCAACGAUGGACGUGGAGGUGCAGCAGGCGCUGCUCAGUUAUUACUGCCGAGAAGGCUACUUCCACCACGUCCGGGCUGCGGCGGAGGAGGCGCUGGGGCGGCUGGGCAGCGAUCCGGUGUUGCUUUUCUACCGAGCCUACGGCGCCCUGAGGGAAGGUGACAUCCAAGAGGGCAUUCGACAGUUGGAGUCUAUUAAAAACAAACAGGAGGUGUCACUUUGUACAAUGAUGGCUCUGAUUUAUGCCCAUAAGAAGAGCCCUAAGCCAGAUCGUGAUGCUAUUCUAGAAUUGGAUGCAAAACUGAAGGAGCAACGUAGAACAGCAGGACAGCAGGCUCUGUACUUUGCUGGUGUAUUUUUGUGGCAUCUUGGUCGUGAGGACAAAGCCCGUGAAUAUGUUGAUAGAAUGAUAAAAGUUUCUGGUGGUGGUAAAGAGGGGUUGAUUUUGAAAGGAUGGCUUGAUCUCACCUGUGGAAAAGAAAGUCACAUUAAAAAAACUGUAAAAUAUUUUGAUGAAGCACUGCAGGAAGGCAAUGAUGUUUUUGCUCUGCUUGGUAAAGCACAGUAUUUUGAAGUCCGUCAGAAUUUUUCAGGAGCUCUGGAAACUGUGAACCAGAUAAUUGCAAACUUUCCAAACUUCAUUCCUGCUUUCAUAAAGAAAAUGAAGCUACAACUAGCCUUGCAGGACUGGGAGCAGACAGUUGAAACAGCACAUAGACUAUUGCAGAAAGAUGCCCUCAAUUUAGAAGCCAUAAGAAUGGAGGCCCUGCAUUAUCUGUGCAGGGAAGGAAAUAUAUCUGAGGCUUCAGCAAGACUGAGAGACCUAAUUAAAGCCCUGGACAGAUUAGAACCACAUAAUUCGGAGCUCUUCUGUAAAAUGGCUUUAGCUUUCAGUAGAACAUGUGGCCGGGACCAGCUCAUCCUUCAACAUACACAAACCUUAGUUGAAAGAGCAUUUGAUCUGGCACCUGACAAUGCAGAAUUUGCUACUGAGCUUGGCUACCAAAUGAUUUUACAAGGAAAAGUGAAAGAAGCUUUAAAAUGGUACAAGACUGCUAUGAGACUUGAUGAAACAAGCGUUCCUGCGCUAACUGGAAUUAUCCGUUGUCAGCUAAUACAAGGACAGUUAGAAGAUGUAGAGCAGCAGCUGGAGUUUCUUAAUGAAAUUCAACAGUCCAUUGGGAAAUCUGGGGAAUUAUCUUUCUUGUGUGCAGUCCUAGCAAUGAAAAAGCAGAAGAGACAAGAAGAAGUUAUUGCCUUACUGAAUGAUGUUCUGGACACUCACUUUUCAUCUCUGUGUGGUUUUCCUCUUGGUGUGGAAUAUUUGGAAAAACUAAACCCUGAUUUCUUGCUAGAAAUCAUUAAGGAGUAUCUUAAUUUUUGCCCAGCACAGCCUGCAAGUCCUGGGCAGUCUCCUUCGCCGCUUCUCAAACACUGUGCUUCUGUUCUUGAAACUGUGGUAAAAACUGUGCCUGGUCUUCACCAAGCUGUCUUUUUAAUUGCAAAAGUAAAAUACUUGUCAGGGGAUAUUGAAGCAGCCCAUAGUAAUCUACGUUACUGUCUUGAAAGGAAUCCUUCCUAUGCAGAUGCACACUUACUGAUGGCCCAGGUGUACUUGGCUCAAAACAACACUAAGCUAUGUUCUCAAUCCUUGGAACUUUGUCUGAGCUACAGCUUCGAGGUGAGAGAACAUCCUGUUUAUCACUUAAUUAAGGCCCAAACCCAGAAGAAGAUGGGAGAAUUAUCAGAGGCUAUUAAGACUUUACAGAUGGCAAAGAAUUUGCCUGGAAUGAGAAAAUCUGCAGCUUCCUCAAAAACUAAAGGGAAAAGAAUUGAAAUUGACACAAGUGAUCGUGUGUCCGUCUUCCUGGAGUUAGUAGAAGUUCAUCGUUUAAAUGGAGAACCGCAUGAAGCAGUUAUAGUACUGCAAGAAGCCAUUAAUGAAUUUUCUGGAACUUCUGAGGAACUAAGAGUUGUGAUUGCAAAUGCAGAUCUGGCAAUUGCUCAAGGAGAUGUUGAACAAGCCUUGACUAUGCUCCGAAAUAUUACACCUGAACAGCCUUACUUUGUACAAGCUAAAGAAAAAAUGGCAGAUAUUUAUCUUCAGCAUAGGAAAGAUAAGAGGUUAUAUGCUGGUUGCUACAGAGACCUAGUAGAAAAAUUGCCAAGUGCUUAUACUUUCCUUCUUCUUGGUGAUGCGUACAUGAAUAUUCAAGAGCCUGAUGAAGCCAUAGAAGUCUACGAGCAGGCCUUGAAGAAAAAUCCAAAAGAUCCAGCUUUAGCAAGUAAAAUUGGAAAAGCACUAAUCAAAACACAUAGCUAUUCUAAGGCAAUCAGUUACUAUGAGGCUGCAUUGAGAAAUGGUCAACAGAAAUUCCUUCGCUAUGAUUUGGCUGAGCUUUUAAUGAAACUGAAGCAGUAUGAAAAGGCAGAAAGAGUACUUCAGCAAGCUUUAGAUCGUGAGCCUGGUCAUGAAUCAUCUUCUCUGGAGGAAGAUGUACGUUACCAGGUGCUUCUGGCAAAGAUUUACAGCAAAAUGGAGAAGAUUGAUGAAGCCAUUGUUUCAUUACAACAGGCUCGGGAAUUACAAGCCAGAGUGCUUAAACGGGCUCAGAUAGAGCAGCUGGAUGCAGUUUCUACACAGAAACAGUUAGCGGCUGAAAUUUGUGCUGAGAUUGCAAAACAUUUCACAGCCCAGCGAAACUAUGAAAAAGCAAUUAAAUUUUACAAAGAAGCUCUUGUUCACUGUGGAACCGAUAACAAGGCGAUGUUGGAACUUGCACGCUUAUAUCUUGCACAAGAUGAUACUGAUGCUUGUGAACAUCAUUGUUCCUUAUUACUGAGGAACGACCAAGAUAAUGAAGCGGCAACAAUGAUGAUGGCUGAUCUCAUGUUCAGGAAGCAAGAUUAUGAACAAGCUGUCUUUCAUUUCCAGCAGCUCCUAGAACGCAAGCCAGAUAAUUAUGCAACUCUCUCACGAUUAAUUGAUCUCUUAAGAAGAGCUGGGAAACUAGAAGAAGUCCCAAGAUUUCUGUUAAUGGCUGAAAAACAUUCUUCCAGAGCCAACCUUGAACCAGGAUUUCACUACUGCAAAGGGCUAUAUCUUUGGUACACAGGUGAACCAAAUGGUGCACUCCAGCAUUUUAAUAAAGCUCGAAAGGACAGUGACUGGGGACAGAAUGCAGUCUACAACAUGAUUGAAAUUUGUUUGAACCCAGAUAAUGAAACUGUGGGUGGUGAAGUCUUUGAAAGUUUGGAUGCUGACAUAGGUAAUUCAACAGAGAAGCAGGAGUCUGUGCAGUUGGCUGUAAGAACAGCAGAAAAUCUUCUGAAGGAACUCAAGCCUCAGACCGUUCAGGGUCGCAUUCAGCUGCGAAUCAUGGAAAAUUACUGUCUCAUGGCAACCAAAGAGAAAUCAAAUGUUGAGCGAGCACUGAACACUUUCACUGAAAUAGUAGUGGCUGAGAAGGAUCAUAUACCAGCACUUUUGGGAAUGGCCACAGCCUACAUGAUCUUGAAACAGACUCCACGAGCCAGAAAUCAGUUAAAACGAAUUUCAAAAAUGAGCUGGAAUCCCAUUGAUGCAGAGGAGUUUGAAAAGAGUUGGCUUCUGCUUGCAGAUAUAUAUAUUCAAUCAGCAAAAUACAAUAUAGCAGGUGAAUUACUGAAGCUAUGCCUUCGUCAUAACAGGUCAUGCUGCAAGGCUUAUGAAUACAUGGGAUACAUAAUGGAGAAGGAACGAGCAUAUAAGGAUGCAGCAAUGAAUUAUGAGAUGGCCUGGAAAUAUGGAAAUCAAAUGAAUCCAACAAUAGGAUACAAGCUGGCUUUCAAUUACCUGAAAGGAAAGAGAUAUGUUGAUGCAAUUGAUAUUUGUCAUAAGGUCCUUGGAGUACAUCCAAACUAUCCAAAGAUCAGAAAGGAAAUUCUUGACAAGGCCUGCGCAUCACUAAGAACAUGAGUUAUUUCUUUUUUUUUUAUGAUUUAUGGAUUUGUUUAAUCUGACUUCAGGAACUAUGAAUAAAAUACUGCAGUGACAGAGACUGUAUCUGCACAAAAGCAUUGUGAAUAUGAUUAACUUAAUUACAGUAGAGAUCUGGGUGAUUUCCAGGAAAAAUCUGUAGCCCUGACAGAA